AUGGUGGAGAGGCCACCGCCGAGUCCCCCAGUGACUUUUUGCCAGGACUUCCCGAAGAGCGUCUUGGUUUCCGUUAUCAAAACCACCUCGAUCAAACCGCUCUCCCGAGGGAAAGGUGAGGAGUCAGCACUCCCUCCGCACAUCCAGAUCAUCCCUGGCUUCAGCGACUUCAUGGUUUACCCUUGGCGCUGGGGGGAGAAUGCCCACACUGUGACCUUUAAUUCGGAUGAUUCCGCCGCCCCUUCAGUCGCCCAACAGCCCUGUGGGAGGCCAGCCAGAAUCGGCAGCGAGGAAGAAGAGGAGGCAGGCAGCAGUAGCAGCGGUGGUCACCUCAAGGAUGGGAUAAGACGUGGCCGACCAAGAGCAGACACAGUUCGUGACCUAAUAAAUGAAGGAGAGCAGUCUUCUAGCAGAAUACGUUGCAAUAUCUGCAACAGGGUGUUUCCACGAGAGAAAUCUCUACAGACACACAAACGAACUCAUACCGGUGAAAGACCUUAUUUGUGUGACUACCCAGACUGUGGGAAAGCCUUUGUUCAGAGUGGGCAACUCAAAACUCAUCAGCGUCUUCACACAGGGGAAAAGCCUUUUGUCUGCUCAGAGAAUGGCUGUUUAAGCAGAUUCACACAUGCAAACCGUCAUUGCCCCAAACACCCAUAUGCCCGGUUGAAGAGGGAAGAACUCACAGUCAGACUGAGUAAAAAGCAGACAGCUGAAAAUAAAGCUGCCGCUGAGUGGCUAGUGAAAUACUGGGAGACUAGAGAACAGCGUGCUCCCACUUUGAAAAGUAAAACAGUCCAGAAAAUGGAUCAAGAACAGCGGUAUCCUAUGGGAUAUCUUCAGUCUGACGAAAAGGAUGAUGAAGAGAAAAAUAGUGCUCAUUCAGCUGAUCACCGCCAUCUCCAGGAGCAGCGUGAACGUAUGCAUGGUGCAUUGGCUCUUAUUGAGCUUGCAAAUCUAGCUGUAGUACCACUGUGA